GCGCCUCCGGUCUGCAGUAGCUCUGCAGAGGACUUGAACGGCUUGCGUCUGUGACUGCGUGUGUGCGGGGUCCCUCGAGCGCCCACCACGACCUCAGCAGCAGAGUCGACCCGAGACCCGGGCACCCUUGGUGGAUCUUUAAAUAGAACAAAUAUUUAUCAAUCCAGCAAAGGGCUUGCUCAAAGAAACUGACAGAAAUUACAGUAAACAGAUUAGUUUUGUAUAUUGGAGAAACCACCUAAGACAACGCUUUAGACCAAAGGAGUGGAUACAUCCGGAGGAAAUUUUACCUUGUAAAUUUUUGCCUACAUGUUCUUCAUAAGAGAGAAUUCUGAGAGAAUUUUUCUAGAGAAUGAAAGAAUGUAAAGUGAAAAUGGAAAGCAUAGUGUCUGAAAUUCAAGUGGAAAGCAAGGAUGAGAAGAAAGCCACAGAAGUUAGUCCUCAGGAGGAGAGGCAGGAGGAAAAGGCCUCGAAGCUCUGCUUCAAGAGAAGAAAGAAAGCAGCCAAAGCAACAAAGCUUAAAGCCAGCCCUGAAUCUGCUGAUACGGUGAGGAAGCAUCCCCGUAAAGCAGGAGCUUCUGACCAGUCACGGCCCACUGGGGGGGCCUGGGCCUCAAUCAAACGCCUGGUGACACGCAGGAAAAGGUCCAAUUCUUCAAAGCAGAAGUCCUUAGAGGCUAAAGAGCCAGAAAUCAAUGCUGAGGAUGCCAACCUACGGAAGAAAAAAGCAAAAUCCAGACUCCGGCUUCCCUGUGUAAGAUUCUCAAAGCGAGGGAAAAGAAGUGAACAUUCCAAAAUUAUAGAAGAUUCAGACUGCAGCAUCAAAGUCCAGGGAGAAGCUGAAAGUUUGAGCAUAAAAACUCCAACUCAGUCAGAAGAGCAGGCUCCAGAGAUCAAGACAGCCCCACAGGUAAAGAAAGACAUCUCACAGAAAGAAGACAAAGAAAAGGGCUGGGAACCCAGUGUGAGUAAAAACCUGACUUCUGCAGAGAACGUGAUUUCUGUAGAACUAGGAUUAGACACAGGCCAAACUGCUAUUCAGACAGGAGCUGUCGUGCUUGAAACAGCUGAAGAAAAACGAAUUGUCCCACCCAAGCCUGAGAGCCCACUUGAAACGUCAGAAAGAAAACUGCCACCAGCUGUUCCUGCUGUUCCCCCUCCCAUGGUUGCUGAUGCUCCCCUCUCUGUGGUUCCUAAUGUUCCUUCAUCUGUGGUUCCUAGUGUUCCUCCUUCUGUGAUUCCUGAUCUUCCUCCCUCCAAGGUUCCUGACGUUUCUCCUUCUGUGACUCCUGAUGUUCGUCCCUCCAUGGUUCCUAGUGCUCCUCCUUCUGUGGUUCCUGAUGUUCCCUCCGUGGUUCCUGAAGUUCCUCCCUCUGUGGUUCCUAGUGCUCCUCCUCCCUCUGUGGUCCCUACUGCUCCUCCUCCCUCUGUGGUCUCUAGUGCUCCUCCUCCCUCUGCGGUCUCUAGUGCUCCUCCUCCCUCUGCGGUUCCUAGUGCUCCUCCUCCCUCUGUGGUUCCUAGUGUUCCUCCUCCCUCCGUGGUUCCUAGUGCUCCUCCUCCCUCCGUGGUUCCUAGUGUUCCUCCUCCCUCUGUGGUUCCUAGUGCUCCUCCUCCCUCUGUGGUCCCUAGUGCUCCUCCUCCCUCUGUGGUCCCUAGUGCUCCUCCUCCCUCUGUGGUUCCUAGUGUUCCUCCUCCCUCUGUGGUUCCUAGUGUUCCUCCUCCCUCUGUGGUUCCUAGUGCUCCUCCUCCCUCCGUGGUUCCUAGUGCUCCUCCUCCCUCCCUGGUUUCUGAUGUUCCUCCCUCUGUGGUUCCUGAUGUUCCUCCCUCUGUGGUUCCUGAUGUUCCUCCCCCCGUGGCUCCUGAUGUUCCUCCCUCCGUGGCUCCUGAUGUUCCUCCCUCCGUGGUUCCGGAUGUUCCUCCCUCUUUGGUUUCUGGUGUCCCCCCUUCCGUGGUUCCUGAUGUUCCCCCCUCCAUGGUGCCUGAUGUUCCUCCCUCUGUGGUACCUGAUGUCCCCCCCUCCGUGGUGCCUGAUGUUCCCCCCUCCGUGGUUUCUAGUGUUCCUCCCUCCGUGGUUCCUGAUGUCCCCUCCUCCGUGGCUCCUGAUGUUCCUCCCUCUGUGGUUACUAGUGUUCCUCCCUCCGUGGUUCCUGAUGUCCCCCCCUCCGUGGUUCCUGAUGCUCCCCCCUCCAUGGUUCCUGAUGUCCCCCCCUCCGUCGUUCCUGAUGUUCCUACCUCUGUGGUUCCAUCUGAUGUUCCUCCCUUAUCUGAGAUCCAAGAUCAGCAAAUUGUAGAGGAAGCCAAAAGCAGUAGUCCAGAAAGUGAACCAAAGUGGGAAGACCAGGAAAGUACAGACAAUGUAGCUAAAGAUAGUCAGCCAGAAGUUUCUGAAUUGAGUCAGGAAUCAGAUUUUAAAGAAAAUGAGCUUGAUGUAGAGAAAACCAAACCAGAUGAAAGCAGAAGAAUGGAGCCAAUUGCCAUUAUUAUUACAGACACUGAAAUCAGUGAAUUUGAUGUUAAGAAAUCUAAAAAUGUCCCUAAGCAAUUCUUAAUUUCAACAGAAAAUGAGCAAGUCGGGGUUUUUGCUAAUGAUGGUGAUUUAGAGGGUCGAACUUCAGAGCAGUAUGAAACACUCUUAAUAGAAACAGCUUCUUCGCUUGUGAAGAAUGCCAUCCAGUUGUCUAUAGAACAGCUGGUCAAUGAAAUGGUUUCUGAUGAUAAUAAAAUGAACAAUAUUCUUCAGUGACUUCAUUUCCAAAAUCACAGAAAAAAACUUAAUGAUAAAUUAUUUUACUUACUUGUGGCAUUUCUUAUUCUGUAACAAAUGAGAUUAUUGGUGGAAUUUAUUCUAGACCAGAGUGCAAAAGAAUUCAAGUUGAUAAACCCUUCCCUACAGCUGAAAUGUAGUCACUUCUGGAUUGAAGGAAGUCUGUAUAGAUGGCAAUCCAAACAACACACAGGUAGUUGCUUAAACAGUGUAUACAGAUUGGUAUGCUUGGGAGAAGGAAGAUGUAUUUACUGGGCACCUCGAGUAAGUUAUAAGUUCUUUAAUAUCUUCUGAAGUUACAAAGCCUCAUUUCCUUUAGAUGGUUUAGCCCUGUGUAAGGUUAACUUUGUGUUCAGUUUCCAAAAGCUUAUUUUUUUUUUACAGUGAAACUUUGCUUAAGCUGGUAUAUAAGGUGAACUAUUUUUGUGGACAUGUGAUUUAUGAUUUAUUAUAUUUCUAAGCAUUACCUCAAAAGUACUGCACUUCCCCCAUUUGAGUGUGCAGAAAGUGAAUAUUUGAAUUACACAGGAGUGGCUUUUGAGACUUGCUUAGGUCCCUUACAAGUUAUUCACAAAUUCCUUCAAACUGGCAGAUAAUUUACCAAGUGUAAAGGUGUGGAGACAGGGAGUACCUGUAUAAACCUGUUUCUGUCUGUUGAAAAGCUUAAAGCAAAAACCUAACAGGGACAACAAAAAACAAAAAUAAUAGAAUUUUCCAUUCAAAAGAAGUCCAAGUACCCAAUAACAAAUGAUCACAGAUAAUAUAGUAUUCACGCUGCAGGAUCCCUUCUCAAAGGAUUAUAUUCAUCAGCCUUUCUUCAAAGAGGAAGAGUGGAUUCAAAACCAGAUUAGCAGUAAAAGUCUUAGGGAUUUAGGAUUUAGUAAAAUGUGGUUCCUGACCAAGAAUGAGCCAUGAACCUGACUGAAUAGAAAGUGAAACUUACUAAAGCAAAUUAUAUUUUAAAUGUCAGUGCUCUUUUUUUGUGUUGAAAGAUACCAGUUAAAACAAUUUGCAUGGAUAUUGAAAAUUAACUUCCUCAUAAGUGUCUUCAGUUCUGCUUGCCCCUUACCAAAAGAUGAACAAUAUAAAAAAAGAUUAUUUGAAUUUUUAUUCAAUUAUUUAAAUUGAUCUCAUUAAUUACCACCAUAUUUUUUUUAAAGGCAGCUGUCAAUUUUUCGCUGUGUGUAAUGGCCAUGGUACAACAGAUUUCCCUACCUCCUAGGUUGAGGCUUAUAUCCUAGAUUCCUUGUCCACUGAGUGUUACUCUGAAGGUAGAUCAAAAAUUGAAGAGGUUUUACUCAAAUUGUAAAUUGUUUGUUAAAAAGUAAUUGUACAUCAUUAGAGAAAAGAAUGUAUUGUCAGGGUCAGAAAAACACUCUAACAAGUAAGGCACUUGCCUUGCUCAUAGGUGACCACGCUCAAUCCCUGGUUCAAGCCCAGCCAGGAAUAACCCUUCAGUAAGGAGCCAAAAAUAAGCCCUGAGCACUAUCAGGUGUGGCCCCAACUCCACCCCCCCAGAAGUGUGUAUCAAAUUACUUAAAAGAUUAUGAGUUCUUGCAUUAGUUAUGAAUUGCAUAUAUAAAGUAUGUGUUCAUUUUGUCCUACUGAAUUUUGUUUCUUUCUGUACAUUUUCACAUCUCUGGCAAAAAAAAAAAAACACCUGAAUUUUGAACCAAUUAAUGAAUUAAUUGAACUAAUGGGUUAAUUAAAUAAUGGAUAUUCUUAGCAAGAUUCUUUCUGAAGUGCAAAAGUAUUUCCCCAGAUCUUCCUACUUUCAUGCUUUAUAUAUACCCUUGUGUGUGGGAAGAGUGGCAGAGUCAAAUUAAUUUAUCAACAUGAAAAGUAAUUCUUUUAAAACACUUUACCCAAGACAUUAGUUUCCUCUAAUUGUACAACCUGAAAACAAAAUUUUAAAGACUCAAGACAUUCUUCCUCAAAAGUUCACUUUUAAUCCACUGUAUGUGGUGCUAUAAUUACUUGGACAGUACCAGCAAAUAUAUAUCAUAUAUAAAAAAACCUUAAUAAGGUUGGUGCAUUUUACAAUAUUUGCAACAAUUCUGUCUUAUUUAUUAACAGGAUUUCUCAAGCUAAUAUAUUUUCAUUGUUAAUGAAAAUAUAUUUUUAAUAAUUGCUCAUGAAUGAACCAAAAGCAUAGUAUAUGUUAACUAUUAAAAUAUUAUGAGAGGUACAGGUAUAUUUGAGGUUUCUAAAAAUAGAUAUAAGGUAAAUAUGUAAUUACUUUUUUAUGAAAGUAACAUUUAACUAGUCUAGGUUUCUAUUUUUUGUCUUUAUUGCAGUUUGAUACGACUCUUUUUUUUUUUUUUUUUUUGCUUUUUGGGUCACACCCGGUGAUGCUCAGGGCUGACUCCUGGCUCUGCACUUAGGAAUCACUCUUGGUGGCGCUUGGGGGACCAUAUGGGAUGGCCGGGAAUCGAACCCAGGUUCGCCCUACCCGUUGUACUAACGCUCCAGCCCAAUACGACUUUUUGGUUAGAAUGUAUUCAUAGUUCUGUGAUGAAUGUGUCUGUUUGCUUUCAUUAAGUGGUAUUUCUUCAAUUUUUAUGAAAUUUAACCGUAAUUAAGUUUGAAAAAAAGAAUCCAGGAUUGAUAUCAAUCUAAUCAUACCUGCUACAUGACAAAAUCUCAUUACCAUGAUCUCUAAGGUGACCCAAAUUGGUUUUUUUCUAGGAAUAAGAAGUCAUAUAUGUAAGUCUCUCCUGAAAGAUUUUUUACUGUAUUUAUAUUAAGGAAUUAUAAGUGACAGUCAACAAAUAUAGAUCUAUUUAAUUUAUAUUCACAUGAUAUUAAAAUGGCCACUUAGAAUCAUUUUAGAAACACAUUAAUUUCAUCUAAAUUUGUUGUGCUUUUAAUGAAUUUAUAUUGAUUAGCUGGGAUUAGUUUCCCCUUAAACUCAGAAUUGUGCAAAUCUGAUUGUUUUACUGGAGAGUUGAUUUUUUUUUUCCCCAGCAUAUUAUCUCCUUUCAGAGUUCAGUAUUAUUCACUCUGCUUUACAAUCCACUGAAUAUGAAAAUCCUCCUGUUUUAUAUGUAGCACUAUUCACUUCAUUUUUCAAAAGUACUUUGUAGAGUAUAAAAAUAGUACCUGGUAACACUUAAGUAAUGGUAGCAGAAAACAAAGGAACUUUCAAGCAGAAAUUAUGUUCUGUGCCACCUCCUCCACCUCAAAGAAUAAUAAGCAUGUGGCACAAACGGAGUUCAGAAAAGUUGUCUGCAUAAUUUUCUUUCAAGUUAAUCUACCUGACAGUACAAAAAUUUGUGAUCAUAUUAAUUGGUCUACUAUUUAGUGGAUCUUAGAAAUCCUCUGAUUUCUGAGUGAGGUUACUUUACCAGUUUACAUGAACAGCCUUCAUGCUUCAAGGCUUUCAGGAAUUGGAUCAGAAGGUAACACCAGUAAGUGUAGUUUCUGUAUGCAAUUGAUAGUUAAUUCAUCCAUAAGUUUUUUUACUGCAAGUUGCCUUACUUUUUAUAAUUAUGUUUUUAGAGAUUUAUAGCAGGAUUUUAAAAAUAAUUAAGAGUCACAUUUGCUCGAAAAGAUCCUUUAUUCUAAACAUCUCUUUUCUAAUUUCAUCUAAUAGUAAAUACAUCAGUGGUUGACUUUACUGCCUACCAUUUCUGCAUUAAAAAAAAAAAACAAAAAAAAAAAACCAAGGCUGGAUAAAUAGGACAGGGAUUUAGGUGCUUCCUUGUAUGGGCUGACCCUGGUUCAAUCGCCAGCAUUGCACAUGACUCCCUAGAAAUGCUGGGGAACCCCCCAAAAAACUCUUUUAACAUUUAGACUUCUCUAAGAUGAAAUUCCUGACUCUUCUUGUCUUACAUUAAGUUUCUUUAUAUAGAAUUCCAAAUUUCAAUCAACAGUACAUUUAUAGUAGUUUUGAAAAGGUUUUUUUUAAAAAAAAGAAUUCUUUUUUGUUUAUAAAAUAUAACAGGAGGAAACUACAUACAACUUACAUGUUCUGACUAAAUUCAAGUUGAUUCAACAUUCGCUGCCUAUGACAGGGUAUAAAUGCUGCUGGACAAAUAGGCCUUGGCCUCCAGCGGAUAAACCUUGAUGACAGCAGCAAGAGACUGGGGCAGGGGUUAAGGCAAAGACCCACAGGUAAUGUGACAUCAUGAAUGCCAGAGAGGGGAGAUGAGACAGAGUGAUUCAGUCUGAUAAAGAUACAAGUAUCUAAAUACAGGGGCCCUUUGAAAGUGUUAGGUUUCUAAAGAGUUAAACAGUAUCUCCAUUCUGAUUUGUGAACAGGUGCAGAAAAGAAAAAAGCCUGCAUAAUGUUACAUAUUUAUAGCAGUUCUUUGUCUGUAAAAAUGCUAAGUGGAUGAGUUGUUAUGAAAGUAAAGUUUCAUUUGAUAUUUCUCACUAAAUUAAUACUAUCUUACUGUGUCUCAGACGCUAUUAAUACUCUGUAAAAAAAAAAAGUUUCAACCGGAGUUAAUAUAUGUAUUGAUGACUGAUAGAAAAUAAAUGUUAUAUUGGCUCGUUUAUUUACCCAAAUCUUUUCAGAGAAUCCUGUUAUAUUGUGUUCAUGUUCCAUAAGUCUAAAGAUCACACGGAUGAAGCUACUGGGUUAGCGCCUCCCAGAGUCCUCCUCUGAUGAUGGGCUGUCAGAUGUCAGAGCUGGAAGAGCCCACUUCGGCUAAGAGCAGACACCUAUAGCUGAAUUCAGUUUCAUCGAACUCGUUACAGCCAAAGGACCAUUCUAACUUGGAACCCAUCAAAAGUGCAGUUGUCCUCAUAGCAGCCUCUGCAUUGUUCAUACAUUUUAUCAACCUCUGCAUUGUUCAUACUCUUCAUGGUUUCCCAGGAAGCAAUUUUGGUAUGCAAAUUUGGCUUGAAUUCUUUAGAAGGUGCCUGCUGAAACUGUGUGUUCCUAAAGUUCUGUGAUGACCGAAACACUGAUUUUCAUCUCUAUGUUUUAAAACUAUUCAAAAAAUACAUUUAUUUUCAUUCCCUCCUUCAUUCCCCCCAUCUCCUCAUUGUUGCUAUCAUGGCUGUGAUGAAGGAUAGGACGUGCUUGGCUGUGGUGCUUGCUGGGGCUUGGCCUCCGUUAGCUGUGGGGCUUGCACACAUGCUCUCUGAGGCGAGUACCUAAUUUCUCACAACUAAUGUUGGCGCUUGCCAGGGGCACAUUUCCUGUCAGUGGUGCUCACAUAUUUUUAGUUUGCCAUUUACAGAGCAUGGGGGACUGCUCUACUCCUUUUGUGGUGCUUUCUCAAACCUGGAGGUGGUGCAGUCAAAAAUUAUUUUGCAGGGGCUGGAGAGAUAGCACAGCGGGUAGGGCGUUUGCCUUGCACGCGGCCGACCCGGGUUCAAAUCCCAGCAUCCCAUAUGGUCCCCUGAGCACGGCCAGGGGUGAUUCCUGAGUGCAGAGCCAGGAGUAACCCCUGUGCAUCGCCAGGUGUGACCCAAAAAGCAAAAAAAAAAAAAAAAAAAAAAAUUAUUUUGCAGUGCUGGGACUGCUGGCAACAGAGCUGCCACAAUUGGUGCAUGCAGGACACUGGAGAUGGGAACUGUGCCUAUAUAUGUUUAAGGCAGGUGCUCUAAGUUCUCCCCCACCCCAACUAGUUCUCCUGGCCUAGUCCCCUCGUGCGGACAACCUUUUCUAAAACAGCCUCACGAUAAUGAUUGGGUUCUAUGAAAGAGUGUACUUUCCAAGUCUCAGAACUGGGAUGAGAGAGCUAGGUACUAACAUUGCAUGCGGCCAACCUUGGCUUGAACCCUGGCACUGGACAUGGGUCCCCUGAGCACUGCCCGGGGUCACUCCUGAGCACAGAGACAGGAAUAGCCUGUGAGCAGUACCUGGUGUAGUCCAAAUCACAUAGCACUGUAGUACUGUCUGUCUUCCUGUUGUUCAUCGAUUUGCUUGAGCAGGCACCAGUAACGUCUCCAUUGUGAGACUUGUUGUUACUGUCUUUGGCAUAUUGAAUAUGCCAUGGGGAGUUUCCAGGUUUUGCCCUUCGG